AUGAGUCGCAAUCUUUCUUUUCAACAAAAUCAAUCUGGAGAUGAGCAGCAGCCGGAGCGACCGAAUAUGCAAAAUCAGCGUACUGCAAGUACGAUGAGAUCCAGGACUAACAAGCAGAAGCGACCGGAUAUGCGAAAUCAACACACCAUGAGCACAUUAAGACCCAGGAUGAGCCGCAUGGCUACACAAAUGAGCAAAAUGGCUACCAACGCUACCGGAGGAACUGCAGAACAAGGUGGUUACUCACUGGCUGGUUCACAAACCGGAGGAAACCGUGGUGGACCCAACAGAGACACGUAUGUCGCAGAAGGAUAUCGUAAUCUCAAUCCACAAUACGAAAAGAAGCAGAAUGAACCGACCUUCAGCUUGGGCUCCAACCUACCGCGUACAGUACGUGGUUGGCAAGGAAAGAAGAAGAACGAAGGACCAAACUCUUCUGGAACAGCGCCUGGUAUAAAACCUGGCGAGAAGGGGGAGGGAGAAGCCGCUCCUCAGCUUCAAGACGCCGAUGAACGCAAANAACAUCGUGGUGGUGAGAAGCAGAAUCCUGAACCUUCUGAUGAGCAGAGGCACCAAAACCAUGGGUCUACUCAGAGCAACCAGUCGGGAGGCAUGAUGAUGCACGAAGCUAGUGCUCAGGCAGGUGACGGCGAAAACACAGGAGUCAUUGGUGAUGAAGCGGUCUACUCUCCUGGCAAUGACAGUGACGACACGACACUUGCACCCGAGGAUGAGGAUGUAAUUGGCGAGCCUGCGCCUUUCAACUCAUGGGCAAUUGUUCGCGCCAAGUUUCAAGAUGCUCUUGGUGAAUGGUUGGGAGUGAGUCUUGUCAUCCUUGAAGCCUCUAUAUUUGUACUGACCCUAAUCGCAGNNACUACCAUUUUCGUCGCCAUUGGCGUCAGCAGCAAUCUUACCGUGGCAACUGGAGAAUCACAACACCCAGGCAUCUACCAAAACCUGUAUUGGGGUUGGGGAUUGGCUGUCAUGUUGGGCAUUUACAUCUCGGGUGGAAGCUCAGGUGCACAUCUCAACCCGGCUGUUUCCAUCCCCCUUUGGAUCUACCGCGGAUUCCCUGCCCGUAAACUUCCAGUCUUUAUCAUCUUCCAAAUUUUGGGCGCCUUUACUGGCGGCCUCAUCGCCAUAGCCAUCUAUCGAGACGCCAUCCUCUACAACGAUGGUGGACUCAUCGCCUCAUCGACUGGCACGCAGAUAUAUACACAACCCAAAGAGUGGGUGCAACCUGCGACAGCCUUCUUCACCGAAUUUCUUGGUACCGCAAUACUCACUUGCUCCAUCCUAGCACUCGGUGAUGACUCAAACUCACCUCCCGGUGCCGGUAUGCACGCCUUUAUCAUCGGUCUCCUCGUCAUCGCUCUCAUCAUGUCCCUCGGCUCCAACACGGGCGGUUGCUUCAACCCCGUACGAGACUUUGGCCCUCGCCUCGCCGCAAUGGCCAUGGGUUACGGCACCGAAGUCUUUACCGCCUACCACAACUGGUGGAUCUGGGGUGCCUGGGGCGCUACACUAUCUGGCGGUAUCGCUGGCGGUGUUCUCUACGAUACCUGCAUCUUCAAGGGUGGUGAAAGUCCCGUCAACUACACACCCAAGAAAUGGCAGGGCAAAGCCAACGAAGGCAAACUAGACUUUUUGCAAAUGUUCCGCCAGCACACUCAAGCUCGUGACCUUGAGACAGCCAUGGAAAAGGGAGAAGUGGAAAAUGGAGGUUCCUAG